CGACCGCACAUCACAGCACUCAGGAUCGCAAGUCAGGGACCAAGGGUGACUUUUAACAUAUUGAUCAAAUCCCUUCCUUGCUUCCUUCCUUUCUUUCUUUCUUCCUUCCUUCUAAACAUCAGUAACAACAAAUGUCGAACACCUGGUCCAAGACCUCAUCACCACAUCUCAGCAAUCGCGGUCCAUCACGCUGCCACUGCUGCUGUACUGCAGCAACGCAGAACAACCACAGAUGGAGUCAUGGGGGAACUUGCUAAGCAAUCUCGAAGGCGACGAGAUUGAAGGCAUCUUCCAGUCCGUCUCCGACCACCGUUUAGACAAUUCAACCGAUACCACAAGACCUUCACUCGACGGAGUGAGACAUGAUAGUGGUGUGUCCGUUAUCUCUGCGAAAGAAGAGGACACCAAGACCGCGCCUUCUCCCCAAAACACCACUUCCUCGCAUGAAACUUCUGGAUCUGUGGUUGCCAAAGCAAGCCCAACGAGAGAAGACUUCGACAACGCCCUCUGGGUGACCACCAAGGUCAAUGGAAUAACGCAAUACCGAGCUCCUCGCUACACCACAUCGCCCACGACCAGUCCACCACACAUAACCAUCCUCAACCCUUCGAUCGCCAAAGAGAGUACUGCGAUAGAUCUCUCCAUCUCCCCGUCUUCAUUCGCGCUCCAAUGCGCAACAGCCGGCUUCUCCAAAACACUCUGCUGGGACACCAACCCUUGGAACAUCGAAGGCCUAAGACGAAGUUGCGUGAAAAACGAAUGGAACCUCCAAAUCCACCAUGGCGACGACCGCCAAUCCAAGAGACUGAAGUCAUCUCUGAGAUCCAAGAUUGUGGCCUUUGUCGAGGGUCAGGACUCUGCUUCAUCGCGGAUUGAAAAGAUGCGGGAUCAACUCCCGCCAAUCAGAUGUGUGAGGUGUGAAGAUUCGAGCACAUCGCAAGCGACUGCUGCAGCGGCUUUGGAUCCAGCGCUAGGCGGAUGGAUAUACGUGCAAGCAGCUUUUGGCACCGAGUUUGUGAUGGCUAGCGCCAAUCAGAUAAGAGGCGAAUUUGAAGAGAUGAUCAAUGUUUUGGACAACACAAGAGGGUUUUGGGAAGCUGUGAGGAGGCCGAGGAUAGAGUAUAUUCAACGAGGAGGAUCACAUGCUGCUGGCGUGGUUAGCUGUGUGAUUGUGAUCUAUAUACCGCCACUUCGAAUAUAAAGGUCGUUCAAAUCGUGGUCUCAAGAGAGCAGACAUGCAUAAUACUGAGAGACAUCUGAGAGCCGC